AUUAUUGAUUUGUUAGUAUUAGAACUUGAUAAUCUAAACCAAAUGAACCAAGAUUACCAGUUGACAAAUGACAACCUGUGGAUGAGAUCGGGAUGGGAAUCUGUUGGGGUUCUCCCGAUUUCCCGACUCCGAGCUUCCGCCGUAGCUUUCCCAAUGGAAUUGAUCUGACAAUAAGCAGCACAAGCGACACUGCAUCUUCGGCAGUUGCUAGCAGCAGGAAUACCUCGGACGCUGUUGUGGAGACCCCUGACGUGCUUAACUCGCCUUUUCACGACGAGGAAUUAAGGGUCUUCAAAUUCACAGAGCUGAAGGCUGCUACGGACAGUUUUUCGCAUUCACUUGGUGAGUCCCGUUUCGAUGGAAAGGACAUGAUUUACUGGGGAUGGCUCCAUGCAGGAAGAGUGGGACCGGAGCGCGAGAUAGCCGUCAACAUACUAGAGUUCCCGACAAAGCCAAGUAGGCUGCAGCGUAAAAUAAUGCGAGCCAAGGUCAAAUCCUAUGGCUGUCGAUCUCACGCCAACCUCGCCCGACUGGUGGGGUACUGCUUGAACGGCAGAAAAUUGUUCCUUGUGUACAAGUCUGAGCAUCAUUACUUCAGCUUGGAAGAUUACCUAUAUAGAAGUUCAUCUGAUGUAGCGGACAAGAGAAAAGCAGCACUUCCACCACUUCCAUGGUACCGAAGAAUUCAGGUAGCUGUGGAAGCAGCUGCAGGCCUUGCUUACCUGCAUCAGAUGGGUCAUACAUUCCUCCCGUACUUUCAGGCCUCUUACAUACUUCUUGAUAAGCUUUAUGCAGUUAAAAUUGCCCCGUUCAAUUUAUUCGCUUCCAACUCAUCACGUGCCGGAAGAACGAUGAGCAAGAACAGCAUAGGUGCAGAACCCAUCAUAGAUAUAGAAAUUGAAGAUGAGGCUGCGACAGUAAGCAGAAGGAAGCAAGACGUGUAUGAUUUUGGAGUAGUCCUGCUGGAGAUAUUAACCGGCUUAGCCCUUGGGAGGAACAGGUGGAGUCCAGAGUAUAGUUCAAGGAUCGCAUGGAUUAGAAAACGAGUAUUGGAGAGAGAGAACCUGGUAACUUUGAUGGACUCCAACAUGGGAAGCUAUCCUCAUGAUGAUGCGUUUCAAGUGGCUCAGAUGGCAGUCCGUUGCCUUGAACAGGAUCCUCAGGACCGGCCCAAGAUGCCACAAGUUGAGAGGACACUAAGGCAAAUUAAGAUCGAAGAAAUCUCCUUUGCUAUUAUCACCGACAGAGUUAACAGCAUGCCUUCUGAUCUGCAGGAAGGGAUCAUAGUCGAAUAGGAGACAUAUUCUUUUUUUGUGUACACUACAGUAUAUACAGAAAAAAAAAAUGGAAGUUUAUGUUAUCUCGCACUUGAUGUUGGAAGGAUCAGUAUUACAACUGCUUUUAAACAUCGUAUUUUAACA